CAAUAAAUGUUUGUUUUAACAAUUGUUUCCUGGGUGGUGUCUAAUGUAAACAUUACUAUUUUUUAUUGUUUCAUUGUUAACAAUUAACCUUAAAUAAUUCAGGGUAAGGUUUUGCGAUGAUAUUGUGCGAAUUUACUAGAAGAAAAACAUGGCUUCAAAUGAACCAUCAGUCAACAAUGGGGUUUUUAAAAGCGAAUCUCUUCGGAAAAUGGUGUAUCCUCGAGUCUUUUCUAGUCCUGUGGUGAUAGAUAACUGUAUUUAUGUGGUUGGAGGGUGCGAUCAAAUGGGACAGCCUGUAGACAGUUUUGAAGUGUACGACAUAAAUAAAAACAAAUGGACAACUCUUCCAUGCUUGCCUACAAAAAGAGCUGCUCCUGCUGUUGGUGUAGUAGGUGACCAGAUCAUGGCUAUUGGUGGUGUGGGUGAGGCCCAACAGCCUGUGGCUGCAGUGGAGGUGUACAGCAUCAAGAAUAAGAGCUGGACCAAGCUGGAAAGUCUCCCACAUGGCAGGCUGGGCAUAUCUACAGUCUGUAGAGACAACAUGAUAAUAGCUAUUGGAGGUAAUGGUGCUGACACAAACCCAGUGGAUGCCAUGAGCUCUAUCAAAAUUGAAGAGAACAAAUGGAAAGCUCUGCCACCAAUGCCUACUGCAAGAUAUGCCACAUUCUCGUUCCUGAUCAAUGAUAAACUGUAUGUCAUAGGUGGCAGGGUAGGAAAGGAGCCGUGCCUUGCCUUAGAGGUGUAUGACUUUGCUACAGAGAGGUGGAGAAAAUUGCCCAAUGUUCCAUCCAAGCGCGUGUUUGCCAUGUACACUGCCACUGACCGCCACAUCUUCAGCAUAGGUGGUCUUAUUCAGCCUGGAAACAAAGGCUUCUCAGAUGCUUGCGAGGUCUUCAACCUGGAGAAAGAAACAUGGCAGGUGUGUAAAAGCUUGCCCACUAGAAGAGGUGAUUUUGGGAUUGCUGUUCUGGAAGGAAAAGUGGUGUGUGCUGGUGGAUUAGGCAACAAGGGUAUGCCACUGGAGACUAUUGAACUCUUUGACGUGGAGACAGACAGCUGGUCUACUGGGAAAGACAUGGCCAUGUCCCACUGCUCGUGUGCCUACAUCCAGCAUGGUGGCAAGCUUUACAUGAUAGGUGGCCUAUCAGCACAGGGCCCCACCAACUGUGUGGAAUGUAUCGCGUAUGUCAUAGAGGAGGAACAGGCAAAACAGCCCGCAGGCAAAUCAAAUAAGAAGAAAAACAGAUGAGAGUGAUUGUGUUUUUAAAUUCCUUCUGCCUUGUGGAGUAGAAUAUAGCAAACUUUGUUCCCUAUUCAAGGCUCUGUCUGCAACCAUAACACACGCUACAUAGGGCUCUUGUUUCCCUUAGGUAGCGAAAAUAAUUAUUAAGAAUUGAUGAUUGUUAGAUGUUAAAGCUUUGUUACCCUUAUUAGGAAAUGGUAUUCUGAAUAAUAGUGUUUUUCAUUGUUCAUGCAGCAGUUCUGAAUAUGAGCCUGCAUCAUGCAGAAAUAUUCUUACGCCCUGUGCAGCCAGUGAUGCUUCAGAAAAUCCAGGCCAUGUGCACAGUCUGGUCAGGAACAAACUCCUUUGCUACAAAGUACCGUAAGACUAAGUGGUUUAAUUAGCAGACAGGCUGGCUGGAGGUAUUCUGUCCGCUUAUAGGCAUAUGACUUAUUUUUCAUGAAGCUGCUCAUGUUUGGUCCUGCAGUGCAAUUUCAUGAACAGAAGGAUGUCCAAAAAUACUGAAUGUUGAUUCCCGUAAGUAUUUUCUAUGUAUGUUGUAUGCUUGACUGUAUGCUUUAUUAUAAAAUUGUAGCUUUUGCAUGACUUUUUUGGUUUUACCAUAGACGACAAUUUAUACUGCUCAUACAAUCAUUUGUACUGGUUCAGCAUGCACUAAACAGUACACAAAUGUAUAGUACAUUAUAAAUGAUUUAAUGUAUGCCUUGCAUUUAUAUAUCGUUGUCAAUAAUUUGAUACAAGAAAUAUAUAAAUGUUAUAUUUUUUGUCUUUAGAGAUAAUUGAUUCUAUGACUUGACGCACAUGCUGCAAGUCUGGUUUUCUUUGAUCACUGGUCAUAACAAUAAUUGUUUGUGCCAUUUAAUGGAUCUCUGAGCCCUCUUUGAACAAUAAAUGCUGUUUGAAAGAUUACACCCAUGCCAGUGUAAAUGACUAACAAGAAAAUAUUAAAUACUAUUUUUAUGCACAAAAAAAUGUGUCCGUACAUAAUUACAUAUUCUAAUUAUACAAUAAUUAUAUAAAAUUCCUUAAAUAGUCUCAAUUAUCUGUGCGCUUCUUAUUUAAUUAUUUCUAUAACUCAUAAAAUAAUGUAAAACUCAAAUACUUUCUUAUUUGUUUAUUAAUUGUUUGCUCAAUUCAUCAGAAUUUUAGAAAAAAAUUACCAAUCAAUGCAAAAUUGUAUUGAUUUUGAUACUGGCAGAUUUUUUUAUGAAAUGUCUCAGCUUUUAGUUUAGGGAAAACUGGCUGGGCAUUUUGCCAUUGUUAUAUUUUAAUAUUAAGGUUUGUAUGUUUGACAUAAUUUCAUAAGUUUUUCGCCUAUGUUCAUGAAAAUUUACACUACUAUUUGAAGGGUACUCUAACAUCUACAUAUGGUUCUGCUUCAUUUCAAAAUAUGGCCACCAAAGGUAAACAGAAAUAUGUCUUUGUUCUUAAUCUAUGGUUAGAUUGGUACAAUAUUUCACACAAAUGUUCCUGAAAUGGUCUCCUGCCAAAAUCUAUUGCUCCAUUGAAAGUGCUGCUUAAAACUGUGUUUAUAUUUUGUAUAUUUGACACAUUUUCUUAAAAUAUAAGCCAAUCUUAAUAUAAUCCAAUCUUAAUGCAUAUGUACAUAUGUUGAAAGUCCUACGCAAAUGUUGUUGGAGGGAUCUCUACCACACAUACACUUGGUUCCUAUUCACUGCACAAGAUGGGUGUCUUAGCUUAAAAUAGAAAUGCAUCUAUGAGCUGUUUUUUAAAAUCAACAAUUUCAUAUAAAUGUUCAUAAGGAGGAGCUUUCGUCAUUUUCCAAAAUUAUAAAGAAGCUUUCUUAACAUUUUUGGUGUAUUUUGUAGUAGCAUUUGUUGAAAUAUGUUAUUUCAUCAGACUUUUAGGUAGAAGUUUUUUAUUUUGCAGCAUUUGGUUCCUAUGAUUCUACAAUUGAUUUCACAUGUUUUCACUUAUUUUUUAUAUAUAUAAUUGUAGUCUUAACACUUCAUUUGCAGUCUGUUAAAGCAGCGUGUUAAGGAAUUAGAAGCUGUCUAUUGACAAGCGUUAGGAUUGUCCAAUUUUUUAUUCAAAACAUGUAUUGAUGCCUAUUACAGUGCCUUUAGUUGUCAACUACAAAUUGUAAGGUAGAUUUACCUAAUCAUGCAGCUAGUUCAUUGUGUUCCUAUACAAUCUUAAAGUUUCAUGUACCCAAAAACUAUUCAUAACCACUACUGGGUAGUUUGUUAUUAAUUUUUUCUGCACACGGGUAGUUUGUUAUGCAUUUUUACUGCACAAUAUAGUGCACUUUAUAUUAUAUGCUAAUAAAUUACAAUAUUUCUCAA